AUGCUAUCAAAGGAGCAAGCAACUACUGUCUUCCCAAUCUUCUUCGCGGCUACUACUGGCAGAGCAGCCGUGAAAUACGCAACAUGGAAACUUGAGCAAGGAACGACGCUUGGUACGUUGGAACAGUUAAUGGGUAGUCGCACGAUUGCCACCGCUUUUACUACUCAAUAUCAACUACGGUCAUUCAACGCAAUCGGUCUAGUGCUAAUUAUCAUAUGGUCCCUCGAACCAAUUGGUGGCCAAUCUGUGUUGCACAUCCUAUCAACUCCAGCGAAACAGGUCUCCACGGACACAGCUGUAUCCUAUAUCAAUUCUAGGCAACAGAGCUUCUCAUCCCCAACUGGCGCAUUUCAGAACCAAUGGUUCGCAGGAUUUGCGGUUCUUUUUGGGUCAGCAUUGCUUUCAACGCCGGAAGUGAAAGCGAGCACCAUGGAUGUCUGGGGUAAUGUCAAGAUUCCGUAUCAAUCUAGUGUUUUGUCCUCCGGUGCCGAAACAGAUAAAGAUGGGUGGACUAAAAUUCCAUCGGGAAACUUUACACCCAUAUAUUCUUCCCUAUUUGGACUUCCACUCUCAGGGCUUCGCAAUGGAAAUACCACAUUGAAAGUCGAGUCGACACACCUAGAACUAAAUUGUGGUAACAUGAGUGUAUCUGCCCAGUUACCUGGACCGGGCAGCAAAACAGAUCUUAUAUCCCCCGAUGGCCCCUUUAAGAGUUUUCAAAAUGUUUCGUUGAACACGCCUUGGGCCAUUGGCUACCAGGGACCAGACGUGGCAGCCUAUGAUGAAAACGAUGACACCCCUUUCACAUAUCCAAAGGCUUGUCCGGACUGUUUACCCCCGAGUUAUAGCUCAAAGGCAUUUGAGCCCGGAACACUUCUCUUUCAGGAAUACGAGGGCCUGGAUAAUAUAACGUCCAUCUCUUGUGUGCCAUCUCAACAAUAUGUCGAAUCCACUAUCGAUUGCGUUAAAACAUCGAGUUCGCAGAUCUGCCGUGUCACUGCUCAGCGCCCGUCCCUUCUUCCCCAUAUGUCGUCCGCUGUAACCCCGCUCAGUUUUCCUGGGGUUGCAAUGGGGCUUUCGAAAUUAUUGCCCGAUUGUACGCCUCAGUUUACUGCCGUGAAUCUGAUCCAAAACUUCAUCUACGACCCCUCUACUGGAUCUUCGAUAAUUGCAAGCGAAACGUCACUUGGCGCGAAUGAUGGCCAAACUCCGCUUAUGAGCGUCUCUCCGGAAGAGUUCUCUCUUCGAUUUGGCCAAUUACUAAACGCAUACUUGUAUGGAAGCAUGUGGAAUUCUACCCCUUAUAUUGUAGGAGCUUCCUUCGACGGCAUCCGAGCAAGCCCUGUCGGUGGCAACAAUGCAAGCGUUGUUGUCGCGGAAUCAACCGCGGAUCUCACGGCCAUGCUCCAAAAUCAAACUGCUGCGUUUGCAGUGCCGGCAACUUUGGAAACCAAUAAGCAGGUCUACUUUGUGUUUUAUCCAUGGCUGGUCAUCUUUCUCAUAUCCACAAUGAUAAUGCAGUUAGCCGCAGUUGUUGGUAUCAUAUUUUCGAGGAGGACAACUGUCCCCGAUUAUCUGGGAUAUGUUUCUAGUUUGGCAAAGGAGAGUCCGUAUAUAAGGAUGCCGGAUGUGGGCGUCAAUAUGGAUGGUAUGGAUAAAGCGAGACUAGUCAAGGACGUCAAAGUCCGGCUUGGGGAUGUAGCUGAAGAGGCAACCAGGGGGCAAGUUGGGCGACUGGCUUUCGCAAGGAUGGAAGAGACGACGAUGUGCUACAAAGCGACCAUGAACGGCACUUCGGCAGCAUCGUCGUCUUUAGAUGCUGUGGAUUACGACCCAAUUGAGCAUCUUAACACAAUAUUCUCCCAUCCUUCGACAUUACAAUCCAUAAACCAAACCGCAGCAGCCCUCCAAACCCACCAAGAUGACCUCUCGACGUCCAUCUCCAGCAUCGUGGCCUCCCAAGCCGUCAGCGACGACUCCAGCCUGCAGCGCAUGCAGUCUGCCAAAAAAGAACUUGCCCAACUAUUUCGAAAGAUUGAGUCGGUUCGUACUCGAGCGAUCGAAACGGAGCAGACAAUCACCUCUAUGACCGCGGAUAUCAAGCGCCUGGAUGACACCAAAAGGAACCUAACGCUAUCGAUGACCGCGUUGAAGCGCUUACAGAUGCUCACUACGGCAUACGAACAACUACGGGGUUUGGCGAAGACGAGGCAAUAUAGAGACUGCGCAAGCUUGCUUCAGGCAGUGUUACAACUUAUGCGGCAUUUCAACAGCUAUCGCAGCAUUGAUCAGAUUGCUACGUUAAGCCGAAAUGUGGCAGAGCUGCAGCGGGAACUGCUGGAGCAAGUCUGCGAGGAUUUCGAGAUGGCAUUUGCGAAAGGAGAAGUAGCCAGUAAGAAGGGCAUAUUAGCAGAAUCAUGCUUGGUUAUGGAUGCGUUGGGUGAUAAUGCUAGGGCUAGGUUGGUGACGUGGUAUGUCAAUACGCAAUUGAGGGAAUACAGACAAGUCUUCAGAGGCAAUGAUGAGGCUGGUAGUUUGGAUAACAUCGGACGACGCUAUAGUUGGUUUCGACGGAUGCUCAAGACAUACGAGGACGAGCAUGCAGGUAUAUUUCCAGUGCAGUGGAGAGUCAAUGAAGUGCUCGCCAAUUCCUUCUGUGAAGGGACAAGAGAUGACUUCAAAGGGAUCUUGGAGAGAAGCAUGAGACGGUCGGAUGGCGCCAAAAUUGACGUCAACUUAUUGUUGAGCUGUUUGCAGGAGACCAUGGACUUUGAACAGAGUCUGGAGAAGAGAUUCGCAGGGGAUCCCAGAGCAAGCAUAGAUACGCUCAGCUCAAUGGAGGAUAAGCCUCAAACGUUCGAUCGGUCCAUAUCUGAGGCGUUCGAGCCGUACCUCAGUCUUUGGGUUGACUCCCAGGACAAGCAGUUGGCAACGAUGAUCCCGAAAUAUCGUAGCCAACCUCUGCUCCCUGAUGAUGAGGAAUUUUCACCUCAAGCUGUGAUAUCGUCAUCGAUCGAACUCUUUCAUUUCUAUAAAAUCACGCUAUCGCAGUGCGCCAAGCUCUCCACAGGUGAACGGCUACUCGAUCUCUCUAGGACCCUUGCCAAGUAUCUAGAUGAAUACGCUCAGCAGGUACUUCUGUUCUUCUUACAGAUACCCGGUGGCCCACCGCUCGAGAAUAUCAUACUUGUCUUGAAUACAGCAGAUUACUGGCAUAUCAAUACCCAGCAACUCGAAGACAAUAUAAAGAAGCGUAUCGACAGCGAGCUGGCCUCGAAGGUUGAUCUAUCUUCACAAUCUGACGCCUUCAUGGGCGUUGCUAGCGCCGCGGUGUUGGCAUUGGUGCACAAAGUUGAAAUUGCUUGCGAUGGAUCAUGGCGAGAAAUGAGAAAUACAAACUGGAGCAAAAUGGAAAGUGUAGGAGAUCAAAGCUCCUAUGUUGGCGAGCUGUUGAGGCAAGUUGAAACCCAGGCCAAGGAAAUACUGCCCCUGGUUAGCAAGCAGCAAUAUGCUCGGGCUUUCUGUGACAAUACUGUCGAAUACCUAGCAACUACGUAUAUUGCGAAUAUCGUUCAAUGCCGGCCCGUCUCCGAGGUUGGCGCUGAGCAGAUGUUGCUCGAUAAAUAUGUCCUAACAAAAGAGCUUUCCAACCUCCUCUCCCACUCACCCUCCGCCUCCGCAUCAACCACAACCCAAGCCGGCUUCGUCAAACGCGUCAACCACAGCAUGACGCGUCUCGACCCCCUCCUCAAAACCCUCCAAGUCCGUCCCUCACCCGCAGAAGGUCUAGUCCAGGCAUACCUAAUCCACAUAGGCGAUCGAUCCGACACGAACUUCCGCAAAAUCCUCGACCUAAAAGGGGUUCGAAAACAAGACCAACCCUCACUAGUAGAACUCUUUGGCAUCCACAGAGAUGGAAAGAGUAAUGAGCAACUCGUACAAAUGAGUCCCCUCCUGACACCCCUCAUGAAUUCCACCGGAAUGGGCAGUGCUGGGCUCGGGAUAAACCCCUCUUCAGCACUCGGCGGAUCCGGAAUUCAAAAUCUCAAUACGAGAUUUGAUCCUGCUGGGUUCGGGGAGAAACUGAUUAGUGCAGCGAGGGAUGGGGUUGAGAGGAUGGGAACGGGGACCGGUGCAGGAGAUAGAGUAUCGAGCCCGCUGAGCGAUGAGGCUAAGGCGGCCGUGGAGGGUAAUUUAAAGAGCAUUGGAAAGUUCUUUAGGAGGGAUAUGAGUGGGUUUGGGGGGAUUGGCGGCAGGUUUGGAGGGAGGAGAGAUGGGGAUGAUACUGUUAGAUAA